AUGGCAGAUGAUUGGAGAAAACAGACGUUUGCUGCCAGGCGGCACAAUGAAGAUACAACGAGGGGCUCUGCAUUCACAUACACAAACAGCAAUCAAACAAGAGAUCCUUUUGAAGGACCAAACUACCACAUCGCUCCUCGAUGGGUUUACAACAUCGCAACACUCUGGAUGUUUAUUGUGGUCGUUUUAUCAGUCUUCACCAACGGCCUCGUCUUGGUGGCCACAGCAAAGUUCAAGAAACUUCGUCAUCCUCUCAACUGGAUCUUGGUCAACCUUGCCGUUGCUGAUCUUGGAGAGACAGUCUUUGCCAGCACCAUCAGUGUGUGCAACCAGGUCUUUGGAUAUUUCAUUCUGGGACACCCGAUGUGUGUCUUCGAAGGCUAUGUUGUCUCAAUUUGUGGAAUUGCUGGGCUGUGGUCCCUGACUAUCAUCUCUUGGGAGAGAUGGAUAGUUGUGUGCAAACCCUUUGGAAAUAUCAAGUUUGAUGCCACGUGGGCCACAGCUGGAAUAGUUUUCUCCUGGGUCUGGCCUGCAGUGUGGUGCUCUCCUCCCAUCUUUGGAUGGAGCAGAUAUUGGCCUCAUGGACUGAAAACGUCCUGCGGGCCUGAUGUGUUCAGUGGAAGUGAAGACCCUGGAGUCCAGUCCUACAUGAUUGUCCUCGUAGUUACAUGCUGCCUCACUCCUCUGUCUAUCAUCAUCUUGUGCUACCUGGCUGUGUGGUUGGCCAUCCAUGCUGUUGCUAUGCAGCAGCUAGAUAGUGAAACAACCCAGAAGGCUGAGAGAGAAGUGACCAGGAUGGUUGUAGUCAUGAUCCUGGCUUUCUGUCUCUGCUGGGGACCAUAUGCUACUUUUGCCUGCUUUGCAGCAGCCAACCCCGGAUACGCCUUCCAUCCUUUGGCCGCUGCCAUACCUGCAUAUUUAGCCAAAAGCGCCACCAUCUACAACCCUGUUAUCUACGUCUUCAUGAACCGACAGUUCCGCACAUGCAUCAUGAAACUCCUUGGCAAAGAGACGGAUGAUGAUUCCGAAGUGUCCACAUCGAGGACAGAGGUCUCGUCUGUUGCACCUGAAUAAACAGUCAGUGUUCUCGGUUUUGAAAAAACGACUUCUACCUGUACAGAAACUGCUUAUUGUUUGUUUGUUAUUAGCGCCAGGACUGUAACUAGUUAAUUAUGAAUAAUUAGUUACACAGAUUUUAACAUGUUAAAAAUUUGAAUGCAGUUAAUUACCUUUCUUUUUCUUUUUCUUUUCCUUUCUUUUUUUUUUUUUUUUUACAUAGAAAUGGUUUAGAUGGAACCUUUGCAUUGUAUUUCCGGUACAACAUAUAAAGCCGAUGCACAAGCGACAUCUGCAAACAACUAUGGAUAGCAAUGUCGCUUCUCUUGGACCAUUGGGGGUUAAUUUCUGAUUCAUAAAACCAAUCUGGAUAGAAAAGACUAUUGUUGUUUGCACAUUGUCCAAAAGUGAUCUGACCUAUCACUGAAGCUAUUCAAGCCUAAAAUACCAUUUCAAUUCAAAAUGCGUUGCAAUAAACAAACAGUAGCAAACACAGACAUCCCCAACUUUAAUGUCAGUGUCCACAUUUCUAAAGAAAAAAUUAUUUCAGAGAAGUUACCUGAAUAAGGGGAUCCCGAAACACUUGAAAUCUGAAUGCACAUAAUUGCACUUUGCACCACUCUGAUGGUUCAAUAACCAAAAUAAGAGAUUAAAAACAAUAAAUGUUGUUGUUGAGUGUCCAUUUAUUUAAUUAUUCGGUAUCAAAAAGGGUUUUUAAAUGUAAUUUUUUUCUUAUGUUUCAAUAUAACAUUUUCCUUUAAUAGGUAAUGAUUUGCGAUGAAUUAAUUACAGACCUUGCAAUUUACUCAAUUAAAAAUGUUUAUCCAGGCCCACCACUACUUGCUGUAUGUUGAUAAACUAUAUUUUCCUUUUACAAAGUAAAAAGUUUUAAACUUAAACAAUAAAGUCUAUUUUGACUUUAUUGUUGAUAUGACUUCCUCACUCUUUUUUUGUUUGUUUUUUUCCCUUUUAUUGUUUUUGUGUUAAAAUGAGAAAUAAAUAACUUUUUUUUUUUUUUAAAGUGACCCUUCUACGGAACUUUUUUAACUUCUGACAGCUGAUUUCUGAAUU